AGAGAAGGAGGAGGAGGCUGAGUGAUCGGCGGAGUAGAGAGAGAGAGGACGCCUGCGCGGAAUCCCCGGGCGGGCGCGGGCAGUGCCACCGGAGGCCCGGCGGUUUCAGAGCUUCGCCCGGGACGACGAACCGCAGACGACCUGUACGCAAAACUCGGCCGUGCGUUAUCCGGAGGCUACGCUGCCCUCCGUAAGUGUAUAAACGAGGAAGAAAGAAAAAAAAUAUAAAGGGCUCGAGAGAUCUUUCGCACGACGAAUAAGAAUUUAGAAACAACAACAGACUUGGCUCGUUUUUUUUUUCGUGUCGAAUAUUAGCAACGGCAACGUAUCGUUUACGCGACGUAACAUAAUAUGUGAUACAGUGUCGUCGCAAAGGUGCCAAUUGGAUAAGGUAGAAACUUUUUCAUUAGAGUUGAGGAAACGAAAGAGAGAAAGAAUAUUACGAGAAGGUGUCGCUGCCGGUGGAGAUUUGUAAAGGCUGUGGAAAGAGAAAGAGGAAGAAGAAAGACAUGAACGACGUCUGGUAGCGACACCGACUGCGGAGAACGAACGCGGUGAGAUGACGAAGGAUUAGGAGAAACUGAGAGAAAGAGAGCGAGAGAGAGAGAGAGAGAGAGAGAGAGAGAGAGAGAGAAAAGCAUUGAACGCGCGCGCGAGCAAUACAGAGAAAGAGAGAGAAAUAACAGGCUAGAGAGUGGCGUGGUGCACCAGGACGGUGUGGUGCGCGCUGUGAGAUGUCAGUUGACCAUCAGUCGAAGACAUCCACGUUGUCGUCGUCGUCGUCGUCGUCGUCGUCGCCGUCAUCGUCGUCGUCGUCGUUGUCGUCGUCAUCAUGAGGAGAUCCUCUUACGUCAACUAUUACGUCCUGUGCCUCGUCUGUUGGAUCCUUUUGGGUAUUACCGGUGUGAGCACCAGAUCGCAUUCCUUGGUGAAGAGGUUCGACGGGAUUUACACGGGUCCGUAUUUCGACUCGAACUCACCUACGAACAUAACGGCGCAACUAGGCUCUCAUGCGUAUCUACCGUGCAAAGUACGACAGCUCGGUAACAAAUCGGUCUCGUGGAUCAGGAGAAGAGACUCGCACAUACUAUCCGUGGAUAGGACCAUGUUCAUCCCCGACGAGAGGUUUCAGGCGAUCUUCGCGGACGCGUCCGACACUUGGACGUUGCAGGUGAAAUACGUCCAGGCACGGGACGAGGGCGAAUACGAGUGCCAAAUCUCGACGGAUCCGAAGAAGAGCCACAUUAUCAAGCUCAACAUCGUCGUGCCAAAAAUCGAGAUCCUGGGAGACCGGGACAUGUACGUGAAAACUGGAAGCACGGUCGCAAUACGUUGCGUGAUAAAGCAAUCUCUCGAGGGGCCGUUCUACGUCUUCUGGUAUCACGAGGGCGAUCGCGUUCUCAAUUAUCAGCAGGGUAAGAUCGACAUACAGACUAAAAGGAUCGAUCACGAUACGGUUAGCAGUCUCGUGAUUCGCAACGCCAGGCGAGAGGAUUCCGGUAAUUACACCUGCAGUCCGAGUAAUUUGGACAGUGCCAGCGUGCAACUUCAUGUUUUGAACGGAGAACAUCCGGCGGCGAUCCAAAGGGGAAUUAGCUCGGCUCCUUGCGGUUGUCAUACGUUUUGGUGGUUCGUAGGAGUGGUCACGCUCUACUCGAGUCACGGAAGUCGAAACUACAUCCUCGUCCUCCUGGCCGUCAUGGUCCUUUACUCGAAAAAUCCAUCUUACUUCAUGCCGGAACGAUAAUCAGGAUCAUCGGGAAGGACCAAGCACGAACGAGCGAGCGAGCUAGCGAGCGUGCGCGCGAGAAUCGAUUAUCUUCGGCCAUGAAACGCUUUGUCUCUUAACCUCACGUCGAAGGGAUUUCUCGGGAAGGAAAGAGAGAGAAAGAGAGAGAGAGAGAGAGAGAGAGAGAGAGAGAGAGAGAUAGAAAUAAAGAUUUCCAUCGAUCGUUCAAUAUCGAAAAGAAGCUUGAAAAGCGUUAAAGUUAGGAUGAGAAUUCGAGGAGAAGAGCAGGCUCGAGAGAAUCGAAAACUUUUGUACGGACACGCGAAAGAUGAAAAGAAACGAAGACGAGAAUCGACGAGUUCGAAGAAGAACGAUCAUCGUUUCUAUCUUUUCGUCGCUGAAGACUGACCGCUCACUUUUUCUUUUUUUCUUUUUUUUUUUGCAAGCGAGCCGAAAGGAUAAUCGGAGAGUGAGAGAUAUUAAUUGUUGAUCGUUCGUUGGAGUGGCGAUUCAUUCGAAGAAUAAUGGUCUAAAAAAAAAGAGAAACAGGGAAAAACAUAGAAAAAGAAAAGGGGUAGAAAAGAGCAAACAAUCUUGGUACCGAGAUAUUGCAUAUUUAUAGAGUAACCCUUUAAAGUUACAGUCUUGUCAAUCUAUCAGCAAUAUCAAGGUCCAAAAUUCUUUCCGCGGGAUGAAAUUCUAAAAUUAUUAGAGAUGCAUUUCGUCUAUCGAGACAGUAUGAUCCGGCCGUUAGUACCUUAGGUAUUAGAUAACUCGUGACGAUUUUUCGUUGGAUUCGCACGAGUUUCUUGAGCAGGCCCUGACUUCUCACGGGCCGGCUACCUUGUAUACGAGGACGUAUUACGCGAGGAUCGUGGCCAAUUUCAUUAUUUCAAUAAACUACGGACGGACUAUAAGCCUACGUUCUAUUUUUAAAAAGAAAAUGAACGAAGAAAGAAGCCAAAUUUAGCAACGAAAAAUUAUAUAUCCGCGAACCGUACCGAUGGCACAACGAUCAUUAUUAUUUCCUUUGCUUUAGACGCUAUAUUUAUCACGAUCUUCCCGUUUUCGUGCUCUUGUCUUUGUCGAGAAAGUUCAAAGAAAUAUAAAAAAAAAAAAAAAAGAAAAAGAAAAAAGAAAAAAAAAGAAGCAGUAUAAAGAUCUCGAUAACGAGAUGCCCCCCUCCCCCCAACACCGAUAAUCGAUGAUCGCGCGUCACUAGAACGAUCGUGGAGGUCCUGUCGAGGUCAUCGAAGGGUUUCGUAGUUUCUGUUAAUUACCGACCAGAUCAAGUCACGAGUCGGCGGUAGUUAACGAUGGAAGGAUAACGUGAAAUAAUGCGAAAGAAUGCAAGAGAGAGAGAGAGAGAGAGAGAGAGAGAGAGAGAGAGAGAGAGGGAGAGAGAGAGAGACAAACAGAGAAUGAUGUAAGACAAAAGAAACUUCGUCCGCAGCACUCGAAAGAAUUGAAACUUGUUCGAUGAAAUUUGUAAAGACGAUGUGAUUAAUUAUAUUUCCAUAGCGAUCGAUUAGCAAAGCGUGUCUAUACUCGACGUCCAUACCGUUUUCAUUCCAGGAUCGUAGCGAGAGAACGUAGCGACUACAAACCUUUUUACUUGCUUUCCUUUUUUCUUUUCUUUAGCAAUCGGGCCGAGAAAAUCCUCCCUCCGUCUUCGAUGAUGGAUUAGACGUAACGCCAAAAACGUCGAACGAGUCGAACCAUCCUACGGCGAGAUCUUUUUUAUCCGAGAGCGAAAUCGAUUUAUCGAUACGAAAACGACGAGCACCUCUAAUUAACCAAAAAAGAAAAACGUUCAUAUCAAAUGUCGAUGUCGACCCUUCAUAUCAGAUCUUUUUCCGAGAUCGUUUUCGUGAUUUUCGCUCAAAGCUAAUCAAAGUCGACGAGAUCGAAAAGUUCGUGGCGUUUAAUUAAAGUCAUCAUAUAAUUAAUCUUUUCCAUUGGAAAAAAAAUUCCUUGAAAAGAAACGCGUUUUAAUUUCUUUCUCUGUUCUCGGACGAAGAUUUAUCGUAAAGACUUAGCGUGCAGGACGGAGGAAGAUGGAAAAAAAAGAAAAAUAGAAAAUGAAAUGAUUCUCUCGUAUCGAUCCACGAGAAUGUGAUAGUUGGUAAAAAAAGCGCAUUGAGUAUAAACACGAAACAUCGAAAUGUGUCAUGUAACCGUGCGUGCGUGCGUGCGUGCGUGCGUGCGAUUUUAGUAAUAUAAAGGGUGUCAAAUCUCUUGCUUUUUCUUUUCUUUUCUCUUUUUUUUCUUUUUUUCUCGUUUGACUAUUAUCAUUUAACAAUCGAUUCGUUGAUGGAAUGAGAAAAAAAAAGGAACGGUUUUCAUCUUGUAUCUCGCGAUCCGCACGGACGGCUACUACAAUGACAAGGACGGAUAUACAGCUUUUUGAGAAGAGGGCUCUCUUUCUGUCGAUUGAGCUCUUUCGUGAGUUUCCUUUACUUCUCGCGAGUAUUAGAAAGAGUACUGUUUUUUAUAAUAUUAUAUAUAUAUAUAUAAAUGAAUAUAUAUAUCUAUAUAUAUAUAGGUAUCUAUAUAUAUACAAACGGAGCAGAUAAAUAUAUAUAUAUAUGUAUAUGUAUAUGUAUAUGUGUACGCGCGCAAAUACGUUGCACAAUGGUGUUGAGUAUUGAACAAGUUUCAGCUCCUCGAGUAAAAGGAGAGACGUACAUCCAACGGAAAGUUACGAUCCCUUCGACGAAGAGAGGGCAUCGUCGCGAAAGUGUCACGAGAAGAUCGUAGGGUGUCGGCUGAUGUAUUUAGUAGCGUGUAACGAAGGAAAAGGCGAGUGAAGAAAAAUAUUCAAUAAGAGAAAGAAAGAGAGAAACGAACGAUACGUAUAGAAUAUCUACGAUUCAUGUGAUUGUAAAUACAUAGUACAUAAAUAACGUAACGUUAACUAACGAUAUGCCGUACGUGUUACACUAAAGAAACAAAAAAAAAAAAAAAAGAUAAAUAACGUUACUGUGUAAUUUUUUGGAUCGUAAAUGCAUUGGAAUGGGUCUGGCCGCCUGUGCUAACCGGUUUGAUGUAAUCGUGUAAAAGAAAGGGAAAGAUAAAAUUACGAGAUGUAAAGAAAGAAAUAGAGAGAUUUCCCGUCGGAACAAUAGCAAUUUCAAUCUUUCAUAAAAUCGCGUAACAAUAGUAAAAAUCAUAAGAAUUUUGAUUACGCGCGGUAGUCCAUUCUUGUGAAUUUUGUUUUCUUCCACGAGUCAUGUUCCGUGCGGUUGAUCUCUCGACGAUACGAAUUUCUCGCGAUAAUGAGAUAAUGAAGGUGGCACACAUUUGCGCGCAUGUUUCUUCGUGUGCGCGAUUGCGUCAGAGAGAGAGAGAGAGAGAGAGAGAGAGAGGGAGGAAGGGAGGGCGAAGAAAGGACGAGAACGGUAGGACGCGUUUAUCCUCAAUCGGAUAAAAAGGGUCCGAGGAUAGCACGGGCCGGCCACACGCGACUAGAUGUAACACUAAUUAACGCCUAGCGUAAGACUUAAACGGAUAUAAAUGAAGAUAUAUUGUCUGAUAUAAUAAGAUGAGAGCGUGCGCGAGUGCCUCUGCGAGCGAGUGCGUGUACUUGCGUGCUUGAAUGGGUGAAUGUCUUGCGUACAAGAGGAAUAAAAAAAUGGGUAAACGUGUCGUGAAUAAGCGUGCGUUCGUUGAAUGUGCAAACGAGCGGUUGAAAGAUAGAUAAGGAGAGAAAGAUAGAUAGAUAGAUAGAGAGAGAGAGAGAGAGAGAGAGAGAGAGAGAGAGAGAGAGAGAGAGAGAGAGAUAGCGAGAGGUUCGUUGGACUGACGCGACAAGGCGUUGGUCGAAUGACGCACUUUCGAAUAAAAAGGGGCGACUGGGGACAACUUCUUGUAUCUUCUUUUCCUUCUUCCCGCGCCUCGCGAGGCCACUCUUCGUAGACUUUGGAGAUAAAAGAAAUAGAAAGGAGGAGGAGGUGGUAGCAGCAACAGCACCUCGAGGCCACAAUUAAAACACGCGCAGCUCCGUUUCGCGUUUUUCGCGCGGCCUCCCCUCGCCGGGUGGAAGAAGGAAACUCGUGACGUGCUCGUCCUCGUCGCUCCUUUGUUAACGACGAAGAAGAAAUGAAAGCAGUAUAUGUGUGUAAGAGAGCAAGCGAGCGAACGAGAGAGAGAGAGAGAGAGAGAGAGAGAGAGAAACACGAGAUAACGCGAAAUGAGAUGGUAACGGCGAAGAGGAGAAAUAAAUAAACACACAUGUACGCAUACACGAUACACAGAGAUACACGUAAACAUACAUACAAACAACACAUGUCGUCUAGGGUACAUAAACUAUAACGUCGUAGGCAGCAUUGAAUUUUUGUACCAACGUCUAUUGUAGCUCUUAAGUGUCGCGAAUUCUUACGUUCUCGUACGACGACGGUGAAGCCACCGCCGUUCGUUGGUUUUUUCGUUUUCUCGAUGAAGCCAAAGCGGGCAGCGGACUCGGAAGAGGCAGAAGAUGCGCUUUUUUCGUCGAUCGAAAUUAAUCGACUAACUUUUAUAAACAUCUUCUUAUCGGCGUUCCAAAAGUCAAUUUAUUUUCGAACGAUCCAUAGACCUGUUUCGAGAAGGAUCGAUCGAUCGAAAAACGUUGAAAGCCCUCGAUCCGCUUCCCUUGGUCCAAUCGACCAAGAUCCACGUCGAUUCCCGAGAGUCGCGGUACGAAUUUCGAGAGAAAGAAAGACAGAGAGAGAGAGAGAGAGAGAGAGAGAGAGAGAGAAAGAGAGAGAGAGAGUUAGGAGUAAGAGAGCAAUUUAAUUCGAGCGACGCUUGACCGUCCUAAAAGUUCGUCUAUGUGCUCUUACGCGUCUAUAGUCGUGUUAAAACUUUUGUGAUAGCGUUAACGAGUCGAAUCAGCGCGUAAGAUUCGAUCGUGAUGGUUGAACGAAUGAGAAGAAAAUUGAUCGGUAGCCCGGAACGAUCAAAAAAAAAAAAAAAGAAAGAAAAAAAAAAGAAAGGAAGGAAGAGGCAACGAGGAGAGAAUAGCGAAAGCGGCACUCGGAGGAGAAAGAAUUUCAAAAUUGGGUUGCCGAGUAAAGAUUUUAGCGUUGAAAAUAGGAUAGAAACGAAUCUCUGCUUCGGCGCGAGACAAAUUUUUUGUCCACGUCAGAAGAUUCGAAGUCCACGAGCGAUUUUGACAACUUUUUUCUCUUCGAUCUCUACACGAUUUAUAUUUCGUGAGAAUGAGAAAUAUUUCGCCGUAUAAACUUCGACGUUGAUUCGACCGUAGGGAAUACGUUUUAUGAUCCAAUUUGGGAUCGUUUGCCGGUAAUAGUGCUCUUUCCUUUGCGCGUGUAACCCGAUCGCUGAAAGUACGUUUGGCUGCCAAGGAUCGGAUGGAAGAUGAGACUCGUAGUAGACUUUCGUUGUCGAUCGAAACCCUCGGGACGACAAAACGAUUUUUCUUGCGUUUCCUCGAGAUGAAACGCAAGAAGAAUCAAAAAAGAUCGAAGCUCCUGGAAACAAUUGGGUCUCGAGGAAUGGAAAAGAAAGAAACUCGAAAGUGGCGAUACCCCGUCAGGAACUUCGAUCUGAAAUUGUUUAUCGAACGAGCGAUUGAUUAUUUCUCAAGAGUCCUCCGAUAUAACGAUCGUCACGUUAACAAUACGCGGCAAACACACGUAGCGAAGGGUCUAAUUAAUCGUUAAUACGUCAUAUCUGCCAAUUCGAACGUUCGACGAAAUAUACGAUGCGGAGAAACCAAGAGGGAAAAUAUAAAAAAGAGAUAAGGUCACUUUGUCGAGCGAGCGAAUAAGCGGAAGUCGUCGAAUAAAAAUAAAGAAAAAAGAGAAAAAAAGAGAGAGAGAGAGAGAGUGGGGGGGGGGGGAAACAAGAGAGGUACGAAGAGAAAAACAUUGAGAAAAAAAAUUAUUCCUCGAAGAAAGCCUCGUCUCGUGGAUUCUAAUUCGUACACCUUACGCGCUCUUUAUGGUUUAACGAGAAUAAACUUUAAAGGAUCUACGAGAUGAUGCCGAGGACUGCGAAAAAGAGGACGAAAGAAGAAUGAGCGUGAGAGAGCGGCGUGAAAGUCGGGAGUGCCUGGCGGAAUGGCUGAGCAAGAAAAAUAAUAAAGGAAAAAAAAAGAAAAAGAAAAAAAAAGAAAUCAAUGUUAAAACCGAUCAUUAUCGAUUCGCAAGUUUAAAAAAAAAAAAAAAAAAAAAAAAAAAAAAAAGAAAAAAAAAGAAGAAAAAAAAAAAGAAAACAGGUCUUCGUUAUCCGCCAUUUUCACACGUAUAUAAGUUCUGAAUCUCGUUUUGUACAGGUGCGAGCGAUACGCUCCUAGGGCAUCGCAUCCUUUAAUCAUCUUUUAGUUUUAUUUUGUACUUCGAAACCCAGACGAAUUCAUUUCUCUUUUUACUUUGAUCUGUAUAACGAUGAAAUUAUCUGGGUAUCAAGGAAGGACAGUUCCCAAACGGUGCCCUUGGAGCAAGCUCCACGUCGAGGUACGCUAUACAUACAAAUUUGAACCUUUCCGUUUUCGAUCUAUCGUGGCAAAGGGAGAAGAAAGAACUGCCCCGUUCUAUGUGUGUAAGAACCAUAAAGCUUAAUGAAGAACAUUAUACUAUGAACUUACGGGAUACUAAAUAAAAGUAAGCCAAACCGUU